GCGAGGCGGAACAGCAGGAGGAGCAGGACGCAGUCUGUCCCGGGAGUUCAUCGCUGGGUUGACCGAUGCGUAUCUCUCGCUCCACAAUGUAGCGUCAAAUAAUACGACGGGGGGGGGCAAAAAAAAAAGCCGGAAAUCUUCGCCAGUUUUAUAAAGCGGACGUGUGCGCGAGCGACACUCCGACUGUGUAGCGGCUCAGUCGGGAUUUGCUGUGUGCUUCGCUUCGGCCGCACAGCCGAAAACAUGAGAGAAGUGAAGGGCUGCGGUAUGCGCUCCUCCGUGGGCUUCCUGUCCCGCAGGAAGAUCACCGGGCACCCGCUGAUGAAAGAGGAGUUCCAGAGGCGAAGGCUGGCCGGAUGCACCAGUCUGUAUAAGAGGGACCUGCUGGGGCACUUCGGUUGCGUUAACGCCAUUGAGUUCUCCAACAAUGGAGGAGAAUGGCUGGUGUCCGGAGGAGAUGACCGCAGAGUGCUUCUCUGGCAUAUGGAGAAGGCCCUCCAUUCUUCUGCCAAGCCUCUUAAGCUGAAGGGAGAACACCUCUCCAACAUCUUCUGCCUGGCCUUUGACAGCACCAACAGACGUGUCUUCUCUGGGGGGAAUGAUGAACAGGUCAUUCUUCAUGAUGUGGAGAGGGGUGAAACACUGAAUGUUUUCUUGCAUGAUGAUGCAGUCUACGGAUUGUCUGUCAGCCCAGUUAACGACAACGUGUUUGCCAGCUCCUCUGAUGAUGGCCGAGUUCUCAUCUGGGACACACGUGAACCGCCGCAUGGAGAGCCUUUCUGUUUGGCCAACUAUCCCUCCGCGUUCCACAGUGUGAUGUUCAACCCAGCAGAACCCAGACUGCUUGCUACCGCGAACUCUAAGGAAGGAGUAGGAUUGUGGGAUAUCCGCAAGCCACGCAGCUCUCUGCUGCGUUAUGGAGGUAGCCUGUCCCUGCAGAGCGCCAUGAGCGUUCGCUUCAACAGCACAGGUACGCAGCUGCUGGCACUGCGUCGCCGCCUGCCACCAGUCCUCUACGAGCUGCACUCUCGCCUGCCCAUCUUCCAGUUCGACAACCAGGGCUACUUCAACUCCUGCACAAUGAAGAGCUGCUGCUUUGCUGGUGACCGCGACCAGUACAUCCUGUCAGGCUCCGAUGACUUCAACCUCUACAUGUGGAGAAUUCCUAAAGAUCCUGAAGCAGGUGAGAUUGUGUAUUUCUCAUCUAUAUUGUUUUUACUUUCUAGGAUGCUGAUGUCCUUUUCAAUUUUUCCAGGGGGCCCUGGCCGAGUGGUAAAUGGUGCUUUCAUGGUGUUGAAGGGUCACCGUUCUAUUGUGAACCAGGUGCGAUUUAACCCCCAUACCUACAUGAUCUGCUCGUCGGGUGUGGAGAAGGUUAUCAAGGUAUGGAGUCCAUAUCAGCAACCAGACAGCAUAGGAGACCUUGAAGGCCGUGUGGAGGAUAGGUCUCGCAGUCUUUACACUCACGAGGAGUACAUCAGUUUGGUUCUCAACAGUGGAAGUGGACUUUCCCAUGAUUAUGUCAGCCAGUCCAUUCAGGAGGACCCACGCAUGAUGGCCUUCUUUGACUCCCUGGUGCGACGGGAGAUUGAGGGUUGGAGCUCUGACUCGGACAGCGACCUGAGUGAGGGUGCCAUCCUGCAGCUGCAUGCUCGAGGUCGGCGUUCCCUAAGGGCAGGUCGCGAGGGAGGGGCCACUCCUGUGCUUCGCGGGGCAUCGCCUACUUCGGGUCCCAACAGUGACUCGGACCACUCCUCCUCGUCUUCAAUAGCAGGGCCCCCUGGAUCAGAGGGAGAAUCCAGGGAGGAGGGUGAGGGGCAGACCCGGCGCCGUGGCACAGGCCACCAGUCUGUACGAUUGCUGGACCUUGUCAAUGAUUCAUCAGAUUCCAGCGGAUUCUGGCCAGACCCAAUGCCCAGACCCCGUUCCCCCAGUCCAAGGAACAUCUCAAGCAUGUCGAGUCACAGCUCCUCUCCUGGCGGCUCAAGCUCCUCCAGCUCCUCCAGUUCUAGCUCUAGUAGUGAGGCAGAGGAAGAGGAGCGCCGGAGAGCCACCACAAGGCAGCGCAAUGCCACCAGGAGACGCCGCAUGCGCUUCCCCUCUCGGUCAGGGGACCGCCCUGAAUCAGCCCGUGGUCUUUACGCUGCUGUAGACUCGUGCAGCUACCCCAGAAUUUCCAUUGAAGACCUUUCGUCUUCAUCAUCAGCAGAAGAGGUACAAAAUAUGGUGGAUGUCAUGCUGCAUAGAAAUUCUCCUAGAGACAAGGCCAGGCUACUUUUUCACUCUGCCAACCCUCCCGAGUCAAGUCUGGUGAUCUCGACAGACAGACUGUCAGGAGAUGGAGAAGCAGCCGCAGUAAUGCAGGAGAAAGAAUUGGUUUCUUCACCUCCUCAUUCAAAUGACAAUCCUUUAGGGAGGACAGUGCUGAGUAGCAGAGAUGGCAUGGGAGAAAUUACAAAAAGUCCAGAGACUGCUGGGGAAUUGCACGGUGAUGGUCUAGUGCAAAAUAAUGCAUCCCAGUCCUCAGAUAGUGCUUGGGGCUGCUUGGGGCAGCAAGACCAAGGGGUCAAUGGGCAGAACUGGCAGCAUACACAACGCUGGGACAUGAACCAGGGUUCAGGGUCUGCUGGUUCAGAAGUGGCUGUUGGCCUCUGCCAGCCCAACACAGAACCUCAGGACACGAAAAGCCAGGGGGAAAGCCAGCCAUCAACGACGCUAGAAAGCAUCCGGACCCUUGGGCUGAAACGGACUCGAGCCGGGUCAGAGGAAUUUGAUCCUGACAGCGCACCCUCAGAGAAGCUGUUUAAGACAUGAUGCCUUUCUGCAGGAGAGAGACCUCUGAGCAAAGGGCUGAUCUUUCAGUGCUUCUUUGUCUGGGUUUUAUGAUCUGUUCUUGUUUUAAAAAGGAUGCAGAAAUGCUAAAGGUUUGUAAUAAGCACUGCUAGGAACACUGCAGGAAAUUGGGCUGAGCACACAGCCCAAUAUAAUGAUCUGUAGCUCUCAACCCGUCACUCACCACUCUUCUGAUGACAUGGACAUUUAAAGUUCACCAGCGCAAGUAUUGUCUGGACAUUGAAGCUGAGUCUAACUUCAGAAAAUUUGCAUUAGAAUUUAAAACGUUAAUUGCGGGUAUUGACCGUAAAUACGUUAGUGAAUUUGCCAAUUGUUCAGUUUUUGAAUUCAUCACUGGUUCUGGUCUUUUUUUCUAUUUGAUCCAAAUAAGUACUGUACUUGCAAAACACUUCAAGUUUUUUCCUCUGCAAAGCUGUCCUUAUGUGAGCUGAGUUUCAUAGUAUAUUUUGAUUUAUGCCAAGAGCAAAAUUUAGGAGGUUGGAACUUUUUUUUUUUUUUUUUUUUGCUGAAGCCUAGGAUGCUGUGAGGUUCUGUGUUCACCCUGGUUUCAACUUCUUCCUGCUACAGCCACAUUACUGCACAAAAUAUUGCAAAUGUGUCUUGUUUGAGUUGUGCAAUUAGUUAUUUCAGACUGGCAGUCACUGGUUUUGUCUUAUUACUUUCUUUUCGCAUUCUGAAAGGUUUCUUGCUCAAAGGAAGAAAUAUCGAUGUCCAAGAAAUGCUUUGUGGAUAUGGGACUGUUUACUA